AUGAUUAAUAGACGUACAUUACUAUACUUCGAGAAAGGUUUAAAGGCAACGACAGGAAGCCGAAAUGAUGAAGAAUUAAGAUUAGACUGUAUCCUCCACUGUAAACUAGCCGCCAUAACAUGGCAUGCUCAACACAACCAAGAGCAAGCUUGGAAGUCUGCUUUGGAUGGAAAAGCCUGCCUGGGAAAAAUUGUUGAAGUAUUAGUCAGAGCAGACAUGACUAGUCUGGUCGCUGAGACCUUGGCUAAAAUACAGAAAACAAAUGAAGGAAUUCAAAUAUUGAAGGAAGAAGUUCAAAAACUUACUUCCCAGUCUAAGACGAGAGAAAGGGCCUUGUGUCUGAUGAAGCUUGGUACACUUUGUUUUAAGCAAGGUUUGGCGUCAGAUGCUGAGAAUUAUUACAAACAAGCGCUAGAGGUUGUGGUUGAUGUGCGGGAUAAUAAACAUAUUUUUGACAUGUUGGAGUGUCGUCUUGGCCUUUCAAAAGUCAUUAUGAUGGAUAAUAAGGUAUCUGAAGCAAAAAUGGUUUUGGAUGAAACUUUCAUUUUAGCCAAAAAAUUGCAUGCGAGUAUCCAAAAAGUUUAUUUUGUUCAGCAUGUGGGGAGAUUCUGCGAAAGUCUUGGUUACAUCAGUCGUGCUCGACAAUGCUUAGAAGAAGCCUUAAGAACGUACAAAGAGCUAUCGAACGUCGCCAAGAUACCCCCGUUUAUGGAGGUUUCAAUAGAACUGAGUCUUGCAGAGUUGGCGAAGAAGGCUUGCGCUAUUGACUCAGUCAACCCUGAAUUUGGAAUACAGGCUCAGCGAAGUCAUUAUGAUCGCGCGGCUGAAGCAUUACGGCAACAUGUAGCAACCGGACAAGUUAACUCGUUAACUGUUAGCAUGUUUUUAUUAUUGGCUAUAGGAUACAAGUCAGUCGACUUACCUGAAACGAUAAAACUCUUGUUGGAAACUUUAAAUAUUAGUGAAAUAGUAUACGGAAAAAAUAAAUCAAAUGAGCCGGUCGCCGAGAUACUUGAAGAGCUUUCGGACGCGUACUUCAGUACAGGAGAUACGAAAGCCUCUAUAAAGUAUAAAGAGCUUCUACUAAGGAUGGAGAUGGAUCUGUAUUUAUCAAACCCAUUUCAUGAAUAUAUAGCCCAGAGUUUGAUUGGGUUGGCCAUUGGUUCCUUGGCAUAUCCCGUUAGUAUUGAUACUGCUGAACGUGCUUACAAAUUUUUUUUAUCUGCUCAGAAGGACAAUGCUCCAACAAACAAUACCGCAAAAACAGCCGCCGCCAGAUGUUUCACUUGUCUAGGUAUAUUAUUCUAUGCUUCAGGUGACCUGGAAAAAGCCGAGACUUUAAUCCAGAUGGCCAGUCAGUUUUUUAGAGACAUUCAGGAAAAUGUUGAAAGAGAAAAACUACCGUUCAAAACAACGUGCGACAUCAUGAAAGAAAUAUUACCAUCGAAGACGAUAUUACCAUUCGAUGUGUUAAAACUUUCCAACUCUAUUACGACAGCAUAUGUUGCUUUGUGGCGACAAGAUAACUUGGCUGAAGACUCAAAAACUUUGGAGAACUGUAGCAAUGGUCGGGGAAAUGUAGAGUUGUUCAUUCCAAAUUCAGAUGGUGUGAAGCCUCGAGAAAUCGACUCUUCGGAUCCUAAGACUGUAGAUCUUCCAACGCAAACAGUGUCCCAAAUUAAUCUCCCUGUUGAACUUGAAUCAUUUCAUGAUGCUUCACUUAAUUCAGGAUUGUCCAACCUAGAAGUAAAACGACAUUUUCAGUUAGAUGCUCUCGAGCAUAACCGGAAGAUAGGCAAUGUCCAUCAGGCUGUAAAAAUACACGCUUCUCUUCAAGCUGAUGAGUUAUCUUUUUAUAAAAGCUGUCCCUUUGAUAGUGUUGACAAGUUAAUCAGCGACGCGAUCAGAGCAAAGGAAGACAACAGACUUAAUAGUGGCAUUGGAUCUUUAGAUCUUGCUUUGCAGCUGCCAUCUAACUGGAGACAAAAAACCAAAAUUCUUAAAUUGCGUGCGGAAUGUUAUUUUUUCAGGGGCGAUUUCCGAACCGCUGCAAUUAAUUUAAAUGAAGCCACUGGCAUUUAUUCUAGGGAGACAGUGGAAAAUCGUGAUGACCUGUGUGAAUACGCAGAAGUGUUGAUUGCUUUAAUAAAAACCGAGACGCUGUGCCAGAAUGUAGCAGGUGCAUGGGUGGAAUGUCAAGAGGCGAUAGAACUGGGGUCUGAUCAUGAACAUAGAGAAUCCUUACAGCUGCAAGCGGCAGAGUUGCUUUACCUUGGGGCAAAAUGCCUAGAUAUUUUGUCAGAAAGUGCAGAAAGUAAAGAUGAUAAGCUUUCCCAAGCUUCCUCUUUGUGUCAACAAGCUCUUCUUAUCUUGAGCCAGAGAACGAACGCCAAUCAGCAAGCGGAAGAACGCGGAAGCUCGGGAUCUGGAAAAUUUUUAGUCUUGUCAAUUGAACUGCAACUGUUGUUGGCGGCCGUUUUACUAAAGUUACAUAAUAAAGAAAAAGUAGAUAUAGCUUUGGAAGUGACGGAGGAAUUUUUGAUAAAUAUUGCCGACGAAUUCGAAUUUGAAUCUGUGCCAGCACAAACAUCUAGUCGCCUAUAUUCAUGGAUUGGUCGAGUGUUAGUUAUGCGUGAUAAAAUAAAGCGAUCUACUACUUGGCUGAGUGAGUCACUCUUGGCGUUUUUCUCAGCUGCUCUUCCCGAUAUGCUGUUGUUUUAUGAAGUAUUGCUUCCUUUGCUGCAGGCAAUUACGGUUACCAAAUCCAGUGGUACUAGUCACGAAAGUCGCUCUCCGUUUCAACAGGCUCUUGAUAUGUGUAAAGAAGUGUCGGUAAAGCAUGGCAAUGAUUUAAACAACGUCUACGAGUUUUUAAAAACAUUGGCAAAUCUCUACAUGGGCCUCGGGCGCACUGAAGAAGCAAUUGUGGUAGCAGAAACUGGUUUAGAAAUAUGCGAUUUGAUGGGGGAUAACAAUGUCACAGAUCGAAUAAACAAUCGCGGCAGAAUGUUACUUUAUCUGGCCCAAAUGCACCAACUAAAUUCAACUAACUCAGCUUUUGAUAGAAACAAAGAGCUAAAUCUUGCAGAACACUAUUACCUUAGCAUUAAUGAUUACCUUACCGAUCAAGACUCAGCAGCGAAAUUUGUACUUCAAAAGAAUCUAAGCUACGCCAACUUUCUAUGUGAACAAAAGCGUUUUGCGGAGGCUGAUGCUGUGCUUCAGGAUAUGAACAAUUUAGGUAAAGAAUUGUCGGAUAAGUCUGUGUAUUGUGCCUAUUUUUCACGUGUCUUUUAUGGUCCGGGCAUACAGAAAAGCGUCGAAGUUGACGGCGAGCUAUUGUCAACUGUUGAACAUUGUAUGUACAGCACAAUGGUCCGAGUGUUUGUUGGAUUGGGAAAGAAAAGAGAAGCAGUAUCUGCGUGCGAGAAGUUGACAGCUAACCCAGGAUUUGUUCAUGAUGCAAUUCACGGGAAACGUCCUUCCAGUAUCCCAUACCUUAUCGAAGCCUGUCAUCGCGAGUUGUUGUCUCUUUUGAGUGACGAAAACCAAAAACAACUUCAGAAUUGUGAAUUUCCGUUAUCUCGAGCAAAUAUUUUCAAAUUGUAUUACAUGCUUAACGAAUACACCUUGGCACUGAAAUACUACACGAACGAGACGCAAUCACCCGAGAUGAUCGAAAUGUGUAGGACAAUGUUCCGGGUGUUUGUUGAAAUGGGAAAGAAAAGAGAAGCAGUCGCUGCCUGCGAGAAGCUGACAGCUAACCCAGUAGUUGUUCAUAAUGCAAUAGACAGGAAACGUCCUUCCAGUAUCCCAUACCUUAUCGAAGCCUGCCAUCGCGAGUUGUUGUCUCUUUUGAGCGAUAAAGACCGAAAGCGACUUCAGAAUUGUGAACUUCCGUUAUCUCCAGCAAAUAUUUUCAAAUUGUAUUACAUGCUUAACGAGUACUCCUUGGCACUGAAAUACUACACGAACGAAACGCAUUCACCCGACUUGAUUGAAAUGAAAAUGUCAUGCUUGCACUUAGCUGGAUAUGAAUUAGUGGAAAUGGAUAGAGGAGAUGAAUCAAUGUUAUACUUCAUGCAAUUUCUUGCAAUGCUUCAAACUAAAGAGGGAUUUCUCGACAAGCCCUUUCAUGUUCAAUGCGCAACCCUUGCACGAUAUUGUUUUGCAAAUCAAUAUUACAUUUUCCGCUCGUUGGGACAGAUAAUGGAACGCGAAAGAGGUAAUCUUGAUGGUGCCAUUCAGUGUUAUGAACGAUGCCUUGAACUGGAUGAGGAUUUGACCCUUGGCCAAAACCUUGUGGCAACCCUGCAUGCGCUUUAUCGAUCAACAGCGUUAACAGGUGACAUAGAAAACCAAGAUUCCUGCGAACGGCAGAUGAGCCAUGAUCUAAAUUUGUUCGAAAUCCAGGAACUGUUUUAA